AGCUGGACGAGUUUGUUGCCUGGAGUUGGACUUGGACAGAAGUUUGGGCUCGGAACUUUGGCGAGGAACCGGAGCUCUGGGUUUGGGCGACUCUUGGUCGAAGAACCGGACCUCGUCGAGGUCAAAGAGCUCGACAACGAACCGGCUCGGGGUUUUUGGCUCCGGAAGGCGGAAACUCCCGCUUUGUCACUAGGCUGUUGGCAUCUGACGUUCCGGGUGCUCGGUCAGCACGCGGCGGCGUCGGGCCCAGGCCUAACUGGGUGCUUCAGCGAUGCGGCCCGGAUCGACCUUACGGAACCCGCGCCGUCGUCCCUGUCGGCUCCAGAAGCCGCGAGUUCGCGAGCUAGAACUUCCCACCUUGUCGAAGGCUCCGUCGGGGAGAGAACCGGGAGCAGAAGCGAGAGGAAAGAAAUACAAGAGGAUUAUUUUUUACAAGAUAAUAAUUGCACAAGAAGGAACGAUAGAAGAAGAAGAAGAGCCUGUGGGAGGUCGACGCUCGCCUCCUGGAACGAGCGCCGACAACGUCGUCGUGGGGACGCCAGUGUCCCCUGUCACGUGCUCAUGCGACUCGAGCAUCCGCCCCGUACCACGGGACCACCACCACCCACGACCAUCAAGACGAAGAGCUUACAUAACCUCGCCAUCAACAGCAUCAACAACACCAUUGACAUCAAAAACAGCAACCUCCCCUCGAAACGUCCGAGUCCGGUCUCGACGUCCGUCAGAAGGAUCAUUCGCUCUUCGUCCUCGUCGCUUUACAGUAAGCGCCACGCUGGACACGCUGGACACGCUGGACACCCGGAAUCUGAGGCUAAUGCCCUUGUUGAGGACUCUGUUGAUGAGGAUCCCGGUGAUGAUGAUAACGAGCCCGCCGGGAAAGAGGAGAACAACCCUGACAAUUCUCCUAGUUAUUGCAGUUCUCAGAAUUCCGGUUACGAGGAGCGGGGCACCUUGAUGCAGCAACAUCCUUACAACGAAUACACAUGGGAUGUUAAUGCGAUAAACCCUUGGCUUUCGGCCUGCGACCUGGCGGGUCCAGCGCCGGCCGAUCUUCAGGGCACCUGCGGACCACCUGAAGUGCCAAAGUACUGCCCGAUGCCCUGCAAAGGCCAGGGCGACGCUAAGAAAAUUUUCCUUGAGGCCGAGAACCGGUAUUGGUUUGUCAGUGGCUUACGGUUACGUCAUUGUUGUGAGCACGCGGCUGUCAAUGCUUUGGCACCUGGGAAAGGGGGCCCUCUUGAGGACGUGCUUAAUGGUGGACGCAAAUGCGUUAAUGCACUGGACAAACUUCUCAGUGUCGACGCGCUUGCUGCGAGGCUUCACUGCGAAUUCGGCGAGGUCCUUGCUCGGUACGAUUGCGCUCAGCAGUACUCGGUCAUUCACAACUGCACACAUUGCAAGAAG